AUGACUGGUCUAGCUGGCCAAGCGGCUCUUAGCCGGCUUUCUCUACCAAAACCUUCAUGGUCUAACCCGAGACCGUUGAGAUUCUCGUUGAAGAGGAGACCCAGCCGACUCAGGAGGCAAUGAAGAAUCCCUCGCUCGACAAGGGGAAAAAGCCCUGGGUGAAGAAAGUGGCCACCACCCAUCCCUCUGCUAAGCGGAAGAGGGGGGAUAGCCAACUGGGUUCUCCUUCCGUGGAGGAGCUGUGGGUUCAGCUAGGCCUCAGGCUGAAAGAGCUUGGUGAGGUGGGGCCAUAUGUUGCUGAUCAGUUAAACGGAGGCUCUCCCUCCAGGAUUGCCCGACUGGAGGAGAAAGUGACAGAAGGGGAGAAAAGGGCCCGGGAGCUAAGGUCCGUGAUCAUGAGACAAACGGAUGAGCUAGCGAAGCUUACCAAAAUUGUUGGCACGGUUGGGGCUGAAAAUCUGCACCUAAAGAAGGAGAAUACCCGGUUGAUGGAUGAGGUCUCCCAGCUAAAAGAGGUGCUGGAGUUGAAGGAGCGGGAGCUGCUUGGUUGGGCCCGGGUGUGGGUGGAGGAGAACAAGACUGAAGUCGCCUGGGUCCUGACAUCUACCCCGGAAGCUACAAUGGAGUCCUUCUAGCUUCUUUACCGGGAGCAGGAAGGAGGGAAGAUAAUCACCACAGUGGGCACCAUUGGCUUCAAGAUGGGCCAAAAAAAGACCAGGCGGCGACCAAUGCAUCCUUGCAGCCCGGGAUCUAGAAUUCCC